AUCACAAGAAAUGGAGUUGGAGAAAGUGGUUUUGUUUUAAACUAAAGAAAAACCCACAGCUUACUUUUACUGUUUCUAAAAAUGUAGAUGCUGUGUGAGUUUGGGCCAUAAGUUCUGAGAGGGUGGAGGGGGGGCCUCCAAGAUUUUGUGCCCAGGGGCCUCUGCAUCCUAAAUCCGUGCCUGUCUGUCUGACUCGUUCGUGUCUCGCGUGCGAUCACAUUUUUGUGGCGUGACAGUGGAGCCAAUCAGUCCAGAGCUAAAUUGAUGGUCACCAAUGACAGCCGUUUACCUAACAGACAAGUCCCAGCCAAUGGGGUGGCUGGCUGACAAUGUGGGCCUUGUGAUCUUUUAUAUAUGUCAAUGCUUGUGAUGCAGAAAACAUUUACAAAACAUAGAGUGCACAUAAACAGUGUAACAUGUGACAAACUUUUAUUUACUGUCAAUGGUGACAGCCCAACAUGUGCAACAUGUGACAAUCCAUAUGUCAAUGGUGACAACCCAAGCCUGGAUUAUCAACUGAGAAAGCGAACAGAUGUGAAUAAGGUGCUGCUUCAAGCACAGAAGGAGUUCCUCAGCUACAGUGGCAUUGGUAUUAGCGUUCUCGAGAUGAGUCACCGAUCAGCAGACUUCAACAAAAUCCUCAACAAAACAGAGAGUCUCCUGCGAGAGUUGGUAAACAUUCCAGACAACUACAAGGUGAUGUUCCUACAGGGCGGUGGGUCUGGACAGUUCAGUGCUGUUCCUCUCAACCUGAUUGGCCUUAAAGAGGGCAUGUGCGCUGAUUACCUAGUGACCGGCACAUGGUCAUCAAAGGCAGCAAAAGAAGCAGAGAAAUACGGCAAGGUUAACGUUGUCCACCCGAAGCUGGAGAGUUACACGAAAAUCCCCGACCCCGGCAGCUGGACCCUGAACCCCUCGGCCUCCUACGUGUACUACUGCUGCAACGAGACAGUCCACGGCGUGGAGUUCAGCUUCACACCUGAAACAAACGGGGUGGUCCUUGUCGCUGACAUGUCCUCCAACUUCCUGUCUCGACCUGUGGAUGUAUCAAAGUUUGGUCUGAUUUUCGCCGGAGCUCAGAAGAAUGUGGGCUGUGCUGGGGUAACUGUGGUCAUCGUGCGAGAGGACUUGUUAGGCCACGCUCUGAAAGAGUGUCCCAUUGUCCUGGACUACAAGGUGCAGGCUGAAAUGAACUCCCUCUACAACACCCCGCCGUGUUUCAGCAUCUACAUCAUGGGUCUGGUUCUGGAGUGGAUUAAAAACAACGGCGGCAGCGCUGCCAUGGAGAUGCUCAACAAGCAGAAGUCCUCCAUGAUUUAUGACAUCAUCAACGCCUCUAAUGGUUUCUAUGAGUGUCCCGUAGACGUGACUUGUCGAAGCCGCAUGAAUGUACCAUUUCGUGUGGGGAAAAAGGAGGGAGAUGAAGCCUUGGAAAAGGAGUUUCUGGCAGGCGCAUCCAAACGUGGAAUGAUAUCGCUGAAAGGACACAGGUCAGUUGGAGGAAUUCGUGCAUCUCUGUACAACGCCGUAACACUGGAGGACACGGAAGCCCUGGCCACCUAUAUGAAAGAAUUCCUAAAAGAGCACCAAUAAACUCUGGUUUACUUCUAGUUGAGAUCCAGGGGAUCGCAAAGGUGCACCUUUAGACACAUUUUGUAAAACUGUUCAUUGUUCCUAAUAAGCUUUAACCACUACAGUUGCCAGUAAUGUCUUAAUUACAUCUGUUUCAUAGAAUUACUAUUUUAAUGAAUUUAUUGACUAACAGUGCUUUAAUGUACAUACUGUAGGUUAUUCUUGUUACACCUUAAAAAUAUAUUUACAUUCCAGUAAAUCUAACUUGGUAAUACUUGCAUUUUGCAGUGCUAUUUGUUGUUUUGAUUUUCUUGUUUGAAACCAUUAUGAACCAAUGUCAAUGAGUUAUCAUUUAUCACUUCUGCGAACAGAGAGGCAGUGUCCACAACCAAACUGAGCUGUGCGAUGCUGGCCUGGUUUCUGUUAUAAUGAGGAAUUUUGUUAAGAAUAGUCACUCACUGCUGUAUAAAUGGACCCUCACCAAUCUGAUUGGCUGUAGUGGUUAUAUAAAUGAAUAUACCAUUAAAGGAUGGUUC